AUGUUUUACCAUUUGGUCGACAAAAUGUAUUUAGUAAAAGACAUAAAUAAUAAAAUGCAUAAAAAUUUGCAAAAUAAGUAUUCUAACAACAGUACAAAGGGAAAGAAAAUAUUUAGUGCACACAGAAUAAAGCAACUAGCCAAGGAUAAGAAGUUAUUAGAUGAUGCUUUAUUAGAUUGUUAUGGAAGGUUCAUAGCUUUACUUCCAGAAUUUCUAUUAAAAGAUCAUGUACAUUUGUAUUUUCAAAUUCAAGAAGCAUAUUGGUGGUAUGAUGAUAUGUGGCAAGAUAAAUAUCCAGAUAAAUUACCAAAAUUAAGUUUAAAAACUUUUGGUUAUUUAAUAUGUGAUGAUUGUCCAAUAUUGAAGAAGUAUGUACCUCGAUCAGCUCAUGAAAAAUUUUCAUUAAAUUGGAGAAGAUAUUGUAGAACUAUUCCAUUAAGAGGAGCCAUUCUGUUAAAUCAUAAUUUAAAAAAAUGCUUAUUAGUUAAAGGGUGGAGUACCGAUAGCUGGUCCUUUCCAAAAGGAAAAGUCGAUGAAUUAGAAGAAGAUUCAGUAUGUGCAUGUAGAGAAAUUUAUGAAGAAAUAGGUAUAGAUAUUUUCCCAUAUAUAGAUGAACAAGUGUUUAUUAAAACACAUAUUGAAGAUCAACCAGUAAAACUUUUUAUUAUUCCAGGUGUAAAGGAAGAUACGAAAUUUCAACCGAAAACAAGAAAAGAAAUUGGAGCCAUUCGAUGGUUUGAAAUAGAUAAACUUCUUGAAUAUAAGGAUGUGAAAGGAAAAAGUGAUAUUUUUUUUCAUAAUAAAAAGGAACGUAUAAAUGUUUCUUUUGUUUAUCCAUUUAUGCCAAACUUAAUAAAAUGGAUAGAUAUUCUAAAAAGAGCUGUUAAUGAAAAGGCUUUAAAAAAAGAAAAUUCCUAUGAAGCAAGUAGUAUACUAGCAUAUAAAUAUCAGAUUACUGGUAUUGAUAACAGUACUAUUGAAAAACUUCAAAAUGUUGAUUUAAAUAACAAGGAAAUUUUAAAAAGAGAAUUAUGUAAAAGUGAUGAUGAUUUAGUAGAAAUUGAUGAUGAUACUGAAAAAGUAUUAAAAGAUAUGAGUACAGUUGUAAAUCUAGUGGAUUUUACUUCGAAUAUAAAUUAUAACAAUUUGAAUAGUAAUCCUAAAAUUGUGAUAAAUUUUAAUGAGAAAAAAAUGGACCACCUCGAGAAUAAGACAAAUGAUUUAUAUGCUUAUGAAGAAAAAAACAACAUUUUUGGUAAUAUAAACUACAGUGAUGAUAUUUUAAAUAGCGAGUGUACAAAUAGUGAGUACCAUAUGAUUGUUAACAAUAUUUUUAACGGACAUAGUAACCAAAAUGGUAAUAGUAGCAGUGGUUAUUGCACUAAUAGUAAUAAUAAUAAUAACAAUAAUGACAGUAACAAUAAUAACAAUAACAAUAGGAAUAGCAAUGUGAUGAUGAUAGACAAACGGAACAGUUCCCUCAGUAAUUUAAACAAGAGUAGUUACGCUUUUCAUAGCAAUCAUACAAAGGUAGCUAAAGAGGAAGGAAACAGUUUGACAAAUCAUCAAUUCUAUAGUACUAGUAGUAGUAGUAAUAAUGGAAAAAACGUUAACAAAAAGAUUAAUUAUAUACAGAAGGAAAUUGGAAAUCGAGAAGAAAAUAUGCCAAGCAGUGUAGAGAAAAGAAGUAUUGGAAAUAAAAAAAUAUAUGAACAUGUAGAAAAUUUGUUAACACCCACAAAUUCAUUAAAAAGGAGUGAUUUUGUAAAAAAUAGUUUUGUGUAUAAUUUGUCUUCGAGCAAUUUAAAUGUUAUACAUCAAGAGAACAAUUAUGAUAGUGAAAGUAGAAACAACAACAACAUUAGUAAUGUUAGUAACGUUAAUAACAUUAGUAACAUGAUUAGUUCUAGUAAUAAUGACACAACGAAAAUGAAAAAUGCUAUUAAUAAUAUGAAUGCUGGUGGAAACACAUCGUUUCAGGAUCAAACCUUGAAAGACAACAAUGACUGUAAAUUUUAUAACAGCCAUAACAAGCCUAUAUCAAGUGUAGGAAAAAAUGUAGAUAAAGACAUGAAUCUAAUGACAAUUAAUUCAAACAUGAAAGUGAGUAUUACUAGUAAUGGAAGUAGCAAUAAUAAAUUAUACUAUGGAAACAAUAAUAGCAUUGGUUAUAAUAAGUUACAUAACACAUAUAAUAAUAUUCAUAAUACAUUGGUAAAAAAUGCAGAUUUUGAUAUGUACCAAAGGGGAUAUGGUUACAAUUUUAAUAAAAUAAGAAUGGGACAUUUAUCAGCUUUAAGAUUGAAGGAGGUUGGUUUAAGAAGUUUUGAUGAUCAAUAUAUUGAUAAGAGAAAAAAUUUUCACUUACGAGUUUAUGGUAAUAAAAGCAAAUUAUAUUAUGGGAGAAAAGAUUUACAUAGAUAUAAAAAAAGAUCAAUGAAAUAUUAUUAUCAUUCUUUGGAUGAUUCUGCAGUUUAUUACAAACCUAUAAAGAAGAAAACUUUUGAUGCUUGCAAUAAUAAAACAUUUGGUGAUAAUCAUGCCAAUGGAUGGAGUGUUGAAGAAAUGUUUAAAUUGAAUGAAGAAAAAUUUGGAAUUCAUUCAACAUAUAAUAUCGAGGACUACACAACUCCUUUAGUAUAUAAUGAAGAAUGUCUAAAUAUAUAUAAUAAAGGCUCGUUAAUUAAAAAUAAUUUUAAGCAGAGUGUGCAAAAUAGUAAAAGCGUAAACAAUUACCCUAUCAAAAUAAAUGGCGCUGUGAGUAGCAGUAGUACGGAGAAUAACAACAACUACAACAACCAUGACAAUAACAAUAACAAUAACAAUAACAAUAACGAUAACGAUAACGAUAACGAUAACGAUAACGAUAACGAUAACGAUAACGAUAACGAUAACGAUAACGAUAACGAUAACGAUAACGAUAACGAUAACGAUAACGAUAACAAUAACGAUAACAGUAAUAAAAAGAAUCGGAUGUAUAAUGAUUGUUACCACAAAAACUGUUCGCAUUCAAAAAUGGGUGAAUAUGUACACGGCAAGGAGAUCUAUCCCGUGCUGUAUAAUAGGAAGAUCGAGGCAUCAGCAGCUAGUAUACCGUUAAAUUUGGUUAAAGAGAACUAUCAUAACAGUAAUAGUAAUGAUAAUAGAAAUAAAGGUAGUAAUAAUAAAUUGGAGAGAGAUAAUGGGCUUUUUUGUUUGAAAGAUGGCGUUGAAAGUACAAGGAAGAGUAUCAGUAAUGCUAGCAGUGCUGUUAGUAAUAGUAGUAGUAAAGGAAAUAAUUUUUUUUCAAAUGAUUUAGUAAAAAAUAACUUAACACGAAAUAUGAGUAAUAUGAACAAUAUUUACCCGGAGGAAUGGCUGGAUUUUACAGGUUCCGAGAUAGGAGGCAAAGGGAAUAGAGGUGAUAACAUUAUUUGUGAUCCAUUUAGCGGUCAUGUAAUGAAUGGUGUUGAUAAUAAUAUGCCUGUUAAGUUGAAGUCGUUUGUGAGCUCUAUGGAAGGUAAUGGGAAGAAAGGAAACGCGAACAAUAAUAUAAAUAACUAUAACAGUAAUGAACAUUAUUAUAACAGUAGUAAAAAUUAUAUCAAUAACAAUAGUUAUAAUAGUAAUAAUAAUAAUUAUAAUAGUAAUCAUAAGGGUAUUAAGAGCAGAAACGGUGAUAAGAUGAACGAUUUGAAUUACUCCUUAACUGGUAAAGCAGACAGAUGUGAGAAAACAAAUAUGCCAUCAAGUGCAACUUAUAAGAAUAAUAAUAAUAAUUAUGACCUACAUUACGUGAAGGUGAGAAAAGAUAAUAAACUAGUUAAUAAAAUUAAUAAAUCGGAGUAUAGAAAUAAUUUCUUAGCAAACAUUAAGAAAGACAUGCGGAAAGGAUGUAAUGAUGAAAUAAAAAAGUGUGACUACAGAAAUUUGCAAAAUAAUAUUCAUGUUAGUUCUAAUGUAAAUAUUGAUUUAAAAAAAACAAAUAAAAUAAAAGGAAACAGGAAUUUAAUUGAAAAAGGAGAAAUUUGUAAUUUAAAUGAAGAGGAUGAGGAAGAAAGUUUACAAGAGAAGGAAGAAGUAAACAGUAAAAGAGUAAAUCGUGGCAAAGCAAAUUACAGUAAAGUAAAUAAUAGUUUUGAAAGGAAUGUAAAGGAUAGUAGCGCUUCGGGAAAAUACUUAUUAGAAUUAAUUAGGGGAACAAAUAAAUUAGAAUUAACAAAAGAAAACAUUUUAGAAAAAAAUUGUAACAGUACUAUGCAAGAGAUAAUGUUAAGUAAUAAUGUCAAAUGUUUUAAUGAAAAUGCUUUAUUAUGUAAAUAUUAUAACAAGAAUAACUCAAAAAUUAGUACCUGCCAAGAGAUGUUGAAAUAUAAGGAAAAUUCUUACAAUGAUGUUCUGAAAUGUACCAAUCACAAUGGUGAUAUAUCAAGUCAUAAUAAUUUAAAAAUUGAAAAGAAUAACAUAAGGAAUAAUGUUAAUAAUGAAUAUAAUUAUAAUAAUAGUGGAAAAGAUAAUAAGAAAAGUCAAAAUUUUAAUGAAAUGGCUAUAAUGGAAAAGCUGUCGAAGCAUCUGAACAGUUACAACCCAUAUGAGUAA